ACUCAUUAUCCAAAUUUGCCAAAAGUAAAGAGAUUACAAGAAGAUUCAAAACACCGAAGCGCCCAAACACCAUCGCGUCGGUUUACGUAAAUCCUCUUUUUCCAAAUCACUUGAUCUCCAAUUUAUUCAAUCAAAUUCAAACAAAAUCCCAAAUUUUCCUUUCUUCUCAUUUCCGCUUUUUCCCCAUUUUCCCUCGUUUUCAGUCUCCUGAACCCUACAAUUCAAACAUUUCUCGAAUCCCAAAAUUCAAUCAAAUGUCGGCUUCGACCGUAUCUAUAACGGCGAACCCGGCCACAACGACUCGACGGCGUACCGUGGUGGCUGUCGAGAAAAAGUCGACAAACAUCGAACUUGUCUCCGCCGAAAAGGCCGACGGCAAAGCCGAAACCGGCGGUAAUUCUAAGGAUCUGAGCCACCACUCGAUCCGAGGCGAACCGGGUCUCGACCGGUCGGCCCAUGGCAAGAAGACCGGUCCCAAUUCCACCAUUUCACCACCCUCCAAUCGUCGCUCUCGCAGAAGCGUAGCCGUUGAUCCCAAUCCUCGAUGGGUCACCGUCCUCCGAAUCUUUGCCAAGAACUUCAUUCUUCUUCUGUUGAUUGUGGGUUUGUUUCAGAUAGUCAGAAGACUCGCUCUGCGGUCCGGGGAUGGGGUUCCUAUGGCGUUUUCGGACUUGGAAGGUCGCAUUGCGGAGGUUGAAUCGUUUGUGAAGAAGACUACGAAGAUGGUUCAGGUUCAAGUGGAGGUUGUGGACCGGAAGAUCGAGAGUGAGGUUGGAGGGUUGAAGAGAGAAGUGGAGAAGAAGAUCGAGGACAAAGGGGUUGCGUUGGAGAGGGAUUUGAGGAAAUUGGAGGCGAGAAAUGAAGGUUUGGAGAGAUCGGUGGACGAUUUAAGGAGCGUGGAGUGGUUGUCUAAGCAGGAGUUCGAAAGGGUGUACGAGGAGUUGAAGAAGGCGGCGAAGAGCGGCGAGGAUGGAGAAUUCGGUGCUAGGUUGGAUGAUAUAAGGGCGUAUGCGAGGAAUGUUGUUGAGAAGGAAAUAGAGAAGCAUGCGGCAGAUGGGCUUGGUAGGGUGGAUUAUGCUUUGGCCAGUAGUGGGGCUUUCGUUGUGAAGCACUCAGAGCCAUAUUUGGUGGGGAAAGCGAGUAAUUGGGUGUUCUUGAAGAGUACCAAAAAUGGGGUUCACGGUGAUGCCGAUAAGAUGCUAAGACCGAGUUUUGGAGAGCCUGGGCAGUGUUUUCCCUUGAAAGGGAGUAGUGGGUUUGUCCAGAUUAAGCUGCGGACCCCAAUUAUUCCCGAGGCUAUCACUCUGGAACAUGUUGCAAAGAGUGUCGCUUAUGACAGACGGAGUGCUCCUAAGGACUGCAGGGUCUCUGGGUGGCUGCGAGCACAUGAUGAUCUAGAAGUUGAUACAGAGAAAAUGUUCAGUCUUGCUGAAUUCACUUACGACCUUGAGAAGAGCAAUGCUCAGACAUUCGAUGUCUUGGACUCAGCGGUGUCCGGCCUAGUUGACACAGUGAGGUUGGACUUCACAUCCAACCAUGGAAGCGCUUCUCAUACAUGCAUAUAUCGAUUAAGAGUGCAUGGCCAUGAACCUGAUGCUGUUUCUAUGAUGACCAUGCAACUGUCUUAAUACCAUACCAUACUCAUCCAGCAUUCUUGGGCCACGUCUGUAGUCAAUGUCAAGACUGAUUCCUUUUUUUUUCCUUUGUUCCUUUCUAACUUAGUUGGUAGAGAUUUCUGGUUAUGGUUUUAGAGCUGUCCAUGUCCUGUAUUGUUCUUGAUGUUAGUGUUGUCUAGUAAUUGUGUAUUAAUGUAUGGUUAGGUUUGAAAUUUUGUUUCUGUACCAAGGAGAGACAAAAAGAAAAUUUUCCUUUUUCAUUCCUACUUUGCUCUCUACAAUGAAAUCAAGAUAAACAAUAACUUUCUUA